AUGUUCAAAGUUUUGAACAGAAUUUGUAUAUUAUCCCUUAUUUUAACAUGUGGAAAAUGGAAACAUUCUGAUAAUUAUACACUCUCUGGGAAAUCAUUUGGAAAGAAAGGGUUCUUUCAUAAAUCAUUAAAUUCAAGAGUUACACGGUUGCUUUUCCAAAAAAAUAUAACAUUAGAUGAGUUUUAUGAUGAUGGAAAACAAAUAACUAUACCACAAUAUGGAGAUGAUGGAUUGGAUUGUCACAGUGAGGAACAGCAUAAUGAAUCAUUUAGACAAGAAGAUGUUGAUAAUAUAUUUAGUAAUGACACUUGGGAUAGCACUUACACUUUGGGAUCUUCGAUACAUGACACUAUAAAGACAAAUAAAACAAAGAUUCCUUCAAUACAAAAAUAUAAAGAACAAAAAAUAAAGGAAUUAAAAGGUAUGAAUAAUGGUUGUGCUAAACAUAGAUCCUUUCUACCAAGCGUUACUAAUUUUUUUCGAAAGUUAAACAUAUUUGUUGAAUUAGAAUUGUUAAAUAUGUUGGAUAAUGACAAUUAUUACAAACCCAUUACGAAUGGGAAGAAAAAUAAAAGAGGAAAAUUUAGGGAUGUUAUGCAUAUAUAUAGAAUACUUUGUCCAGUUAUAACUGGAGCAUUUACAACAUUAUUAUUAUUACAUAUUUUUCCCCAACUUGGUUUUCUUACUGGGGUUUCAACUAUUUUACUUAUAAUAUAUCUUUUAGCUAAAAUAUGGAAAUGCCUAUGCAUACUUGACUCUACCGAAGAAAAUAUGCAUUUGUAA